AUGAAAGACCAUGCUCAACGACAUUCUACGCCCAAAUUACAAAUAGAUGGAUUUGAUCCAUGCUCAGCUGAUUACGUAGAGAAUUACCUAAAUACAGAUGAAGUACAGAAGGCACUUAAUAUCAGAGAUAUACCCCAUUCCUGGGAAUCUUGCAGUGGUUACGUACACGGUUUUUGGCAAGACUCCCCAGAUACUGUUCUGCCAAUCUACAAAGAGCUCAUGCAAAGUGAUAUUCGGGCUCUAGCUCAAGACACUCUGCUUCAUCCUUCUUAUUUUUCCAGCGGAGACAUAGAUCAUAUUUUGCCUGUAACAACAAGUAGAUAUGGUAUCGACAAAAUCAAAACACCAAUCAAAACGGCAUGGUACCCGUGGUUCUUCCAAGGGGAGGUUGGUGGUUACGCAGUAGAGUACCAGAACUUGACAUUCGUGACAGUGCGUGGAGCAGGUCAUUUCGUGCCAAGCUAUCAACCUGGCCGUGCAUUAACCAUGUUCUCAUCCUUCAUCAACGGGACACUCCCUCCUCGUUUCGAUUAAACAGAAGAUACAUUGUGAAAAAAGGAUUGCUGGUUUCAUAUGGAAUAGAAUUUGUAGAAUUAAUUAGUUAUGACAUUACUGUUUUAUGGUUUUUAUUCAAGCAUGAGAGGGCUUUUAACUUUUAUGGAAAAUUUAUAAAAUGUUUAACUUGUUUA